ACACUAACGGAAGCCUUGAUUAUUUUCAGCCUUCUGCUUUGAUUUUUUUUUUGUGACCCUAAUGCAAGUCGGCACACGUGCAGCAGAAAGGAACGGAGGGGCUUUGGGGCAGAGUUGGCUCUUAGAAGCUUCGGGUAACUUUUAAGGCUUCUGGCAACUCGAGGGCAAGGAGGCGAGCAGGGCACCCCCGGGACUCGGCUCCCUUUCAGUUUCAGACACCUCGGCUUUCAGCUCCUGGGCCAGAGAGGAAAGCGGCACGGCGCGGUGCGGUUCUGGUGCAGCGGCGCUGUUGGAAUUCUGGCCUCUGCGAACACCCACCCAAACUCCCGGACCCGCGCGCUUGCGCACUGCGCCCCGCCGACCCUCAAAGCAGGCGACUCCUCUUUAAAAUACCGCAAGGAACCCUGUUCUGUGCAGCCCGCCGGACCAUGUGAUACCUUCGGUCGGCAGCGGGAAGCGGCGAGGGGGAGGAGAGCAGAGAAGGCUUCAGGAUGAGAGCCGCCUGCCUGCAUCGGGGUCCGCAUUCACCGCAUUGAACCGCCCCAAACUCCACAAGUCCCGGCCGGGCUGCUGGCAUCCCGAGCUGCCAAGAGAUACAGGAGCCCAGUAACCGAGCCGGCCGAGAGGAGGAUGCGCCCACCUCAUCUCUCCCGCAGCCGCUGCCCCUACAGCCGCCAGCCUGUCCUGAGCGGGAAGGCUUCGCUUGGAGGAGGAAAGUGCGCGGGGGGCCAGGAAAUUUAAGGGUCUGCAGCUAGUGCGCAUCAGGACAUCAUGUCAGAGAGCAAGGUAUUCGAGACUGCUUAUAUCUGCAUAGAGGUGCUGAUUGCCCUUGUAUCCAUCCCCGGGAAUAUCCUGGUGAUCUGGGCUGUCAAAGUGAACAAGUCUCUACGGGAUGCCACCUUCUACUUUAUUGUGUCUCUGGCAGUGGCAGACGCAGCUGUGGGAACACUUGCAAUUCCUCUGGCCAUCAUUAUAUACCAAGGACCAACUAUGGAUUUCUACAGCUGCCUGAUGUUGAUAUGUCCUCUCCUCAUCCUGACAGAAAGCUCCAUUUUGGCAUUAUUGGCUAUUGCUGUGGAUCGCUAUCUCCGAGUCAAGAUUCCUAUCCGUUAUAAGAAUGUGGUGACCCCCAGACGUGCAGGCAUUGCUAUUGGAUGCUGUUGGCUGAUCUCCUUCCUUGUGGGCAUGACUCCGCUAUUUGGAUGGAACAAACACAAAAAGGGAAACACCACCUCCAGCGUCACUUGCCAAUUUGCCAACGUCAUCAGCAUGAAAUACAUGGUGUAUUUCAAUUUCUUCGGGUGGGUGUUGCCUCCCCUGGUCCUUAUGCUCAUCAUCUACAUAGCUGUCUUCAAGAUCAUUCGCAAACAACUCAGCAAAAAGUUUGGAUCCAAUUCAGCAUGCCCAGAAAAAUAUUACGGGAAGGAACUGCAAAUUGCCAAGUCUCUUGCCUUGGUGCUAUUCCUUUUUGCUCUGUGCUGGCUUCCUCUGCACAUUUGCAACUUUGUCACCCUAUUAGAUCCUAAAUUGAAGCACUUGCACAUCUUCACCUCUAUUGCUAUAUGUAUGACUCAUUGGAACUCAGCCAUGAACCCUAUUGUUUAUGCAUUUAGGAUUAAAAAAUUCAGGACCACAUUCCUGCAAAUCUGGAACCAGUAUUUUUAUUGCAAAGUGGACAGGAAUGCAAACAAUAUUGGUAAUACUGACAUUGCUAUUUAGGAGUCAUGGGCUGCAGUGUUUGGGGCUGCAACCUUCAUGCUGUACAGGUUGAUCUAUAAAUAUUCCUUUCAUUGUCCAUUGUCUCUGAGUAGGCAAAGCUCAGAGGCAACCAAGAGUAUUAUUUAUUACUUCUACUAGCAAUAUUCCUUGUACCACUUGGCAUUCUGUUCUUAAAUUGGCAUAUAUUUACCUAUUUAAAGGAGAAAUAUACCAACAAAAAGCUGUGACAUAUCUUUCAUUCCAAUAAAGAGGAAAUUAAUCUCAGUGGUUUUGUUUUUCCUGUAGGGAUUUGCAAUAUACUGUAAUAAAUGUUGAAGUCCUCAAUAUAAGAUAAUCCAGAGAAAAAAACAAAGAGAAAUAUGGAAGAAAAUCUUGUCUUCAAUGGUUGUAAAACAUAGGCACUAUCUAUAUUUAAUAUUGACAAGUAUAAUAGCUAAUAAGAGUUUGUAUGAGCAAAAUCAGAGAAGCAAUUCAUAUCCUCAUAUGUUCAGCAAUUUAGUGCCAAUUGUAAGCUUAUUUCAGAUGCCACUAAGUAUUAUGUGACUUUUUUUUCUUUCUGCCAUAAAUCUUUACACAUAUAAUACCAGAUUAAUUCAAUACAUCAGCAAAAAUACAACUGAAUAAUAGACGACAGUGGGUUCUGCCAACUUGGUGAGGUUCAAAAGGCCUUCUGCAGAUCCUAACUCCAUCAAGGAGCCGGAAUCUUCCCUGAGGUGCUUCCCCUCUUCUGGACAAGGAUGUCCCUGAAGAUAGGGUUGGCCCAUCAUUGUUGCAGUUGCUGAUGUCUAUUAAAACUUGAGUUUUCUAGACAAUCUUUGGGACAAGCAAGCUGUGAUGGUCCUAAGUAUAGGCAGUGCCAGUUGACUGUAAAAUCAAAUAUUUACUAUGGUCAAAAACCAGCAUAAAGAGAACAGGGUACAGCUAAUUAAAAGAAUGAAGUAAUACCUCAACGUUUUUAAAAAUAAUAUUAAUUAUAAAAUGCUGAAAACUAUAAAUAUAUUGUACAUAUAAAAGCAAAAGCCCAAAAGGAGGGAUAAAACAUUAGAUUGGUGAAGGAGAGCAUACGGUUAAAUAUGGCAAACUAAAUCUAUUACAGAUCAUGUGGUGGGUUUUAAGCACUGUUGUGGGAAACCUGGCAACAUCGUGUGUUGUAGCAGUUUAGUAUCUGAAAGCAGCAGGGAGGUAUAAAAUUGGCCUGUGUACCCUGGGAAUUUAUGCAAUAAUAGUGAGAUGAGGCUAGUACAGGGGUUUCUAUAAUACAGGCACUGGAGGAGUAAAUGCUGUGUUGUUUCUGUGAGUUCAGAAUCACAGGGGCAUCGGCUCUCUGGGUAGGGAAUUUUCUGGUAUCUACGCUCAAGGACAGCUGACAGGGAGUCUGACAUUGUACUAUACAGCGUAAGUGAUUAAGCACUUUGAGAUUAGUUAAGUAUGCCAUGGGAAAGGCACAGUAACCUGUUGGAUUCACUGGCAAUAAAGUUGGAUUCCUUGCUAGGUCCAGCUGACUGUGGGUUAAUGACAUUUUUCUAAUUUUGGAUGAUGGGUAUUGAUUGCAGUUUAUCUUAGUACUGACAAUGUAAACAAUGCAGAGCUGUUAUCAACUGGAGUGCCAUAUAAGAUGAAAUAAAUAAUAAACAAAUAAAUA